GAUGGAAGGUCCGGUUGGAGUGGAAUGACUCACUGGUGCUACCCCACCGGUACCAACAGCAUCCCCGAAAGUGGUAAGGUACGUAUAUAAGAUUGGUGAUCGUCCAGCAAAAGCUCAGAGUCAAGAGACCGUUCCUACGGUUGCAGUGUCCGUGGAGAAAGUGAUUUUUUAUUUAUUUUUGUACGACAGUGGAGAUACGCCUGCACAGAAAUCGUUGACGUUUAAGUGCCUGAGAGAGAAAAUGUGGGUUAUAUUCUUGAUAGGUCUCUUGACGCAGGGUCUAGCGACCCAAGUCUCUUACGGCUCGAAGACCUCAUCAGGAUCAUCGAGCGAGCCAAAAACUCAGUGGUCCUGGCAGGAACCAACGGCUGCAGCUAGUGAAGAUGAUGUUUCCUUUCACCCAACCACUUUUACAGGGAAUUCAAAUAUUCAAUCCGGAGCCAGUGGAGUCGCCCAUGCGAUUCACGAAUCCCAGCAAUCGGUUGCCCAAGUAGUCGAUGAUAUUCUGGUUUCCCAUCGACAGGGACGAAAUCUCCCAGGAUACGACGACCUGUACGCAGACUCAGAGGUAAAGAAUAUUCUCCAGACAGGCAAUGACACGAUAGCCCGUUCCUACAUUCAGGACAAGCUCUGCUCCCUCGGCCUGAUGAACUGCGAAAACCUGGAAGGCAGACGUCCGUACUACUCUCCUCACCGUGACAUCUACCCCCAGGAGAUCAUCUACGCGCAGCCGGUCACUAUAAAACCAGUGGGACGUCCCCUCCCCGCAAUUCCAGUUAGAAAACCCGUGGGCUACGGUCCCCCAAAGCCAGUGCCUGUCCCCCCAGGUUUCCACUCAGGCCCCCCAGGUCACACAUUCUCUGGACCACCGCCGUCCUUCUCAGGUCCACUCUCCAGCUUCCCAGGACCCUAUCCCGCUUACAAAAAGCCCCCGUCCUUCCACAGCAACAAACCGAUCUACGAGGACACAGGACUCGACGGAGAGUAUGACUUCAUCCCCGAGAACAAACACGACUUCCUCGAGAAGAAACAAUUGAUCCACCCGAGUGCAGGUGUUCAGCAGCACGUACACCAUCACUAUCAUCACGGUGAUGAAAAAAUUCCAUCAGUGAUCACUGGAACCUCAGGACUGGCUGGACCAAUCCUGGGUCCUGGGCCAGUUGCUGGACCCUACGGUUAUGGCAAUGGUGGGACUUACGGACAGAAUUACAACGACUUUGAGGGGUACAAGAAAGCGUUCAAAAUAAAGGAAACCGCUGGCAACAAUCUCGACAACGCAGAUGGCACUUCCAGUUACGCCAAUAAAUUUCCGGUUUACGAGAAGCCGAAGAGGGACUCCUUCAACGGAAAAGGAUUAUUGACCCCAGAAAUAUUGGAAAGAGCAUUGAUGCAGAAUCUGAGGAUGUCGUUGUGACUGAUGCCAACGGUGGCAUGAGCGUUGUUCGUGUCCCAAAAGGUGUCAAUGCAACUGAACAGGCAGAACAGAAAAAGGAAUCACAGGGAAACAAGAGUGAUGACACCAAGAGGCAGAAGAGAGCCGCUAAAGCUGAAGCCAAGAGUGACGGUCCUACUGAUAAAGCAGCAGUCGGACAAUCCCGUUUGCUGGGUAACAUUGACUCGUCGAAACUCAAUAUCAAACCGACCUGGGGAGUGAGUUUUGGUUUGCCUCAGGGUGGCGGAAGUUACCCAGUCAAUCCAUACGGUGAAAAUCCUCUUCAAAGCCCUUAUUCAGGAUACGGUGGCAAUGGGAAUGGUCUCAAUCUGGGAUUGGUAUCAGUUAAUCCACUGGUUGCUCUGCAAGUGGGUAAAGACGAUUAUGGAGAGAAAGUUAUAAAACCGUUCGUUAAUCUCCACGUGACACCCAAUCAGGGAAUUGUCAAUAAGUUCACUGACAUCUUGGCUUACAAGAAGCAGCAGUUGCUAGGGGGAUUUGGACAAUAUCCCGGAUACCCUGGACAUGGACAUUAUGCUCCACAUCAUCAUGGGCAUCAUUAUGAAAGGCCUCAUUAUGGAAAUUAUCAUGAAAGGCCCCAGCAACAUUACCAUCAGCAUCAACACCAUCAUCAGCACCAGAGACCUGGCUGGCAGGGGAAUAAUGGACAUUAUGGAGGGAAUUAUGGAGGAAAUUAUGGAGGAAAUUAUGGAGCGAAUUAUGGGGGAAAUCAUGGGGGAAAUCAUGGGGGACAUUAUCCUGGAAAUUAUGCUGGAAAUUAUGGACAAUAUAAUGGAUACAAUGGGUACAGUGGAUAUAAUCGUAAUGACGAGGAUUACGAUUAUUCAGAUCCGUCUGACUACAGUGACUAUGCGAGGAGUAAUAAAGCUAAUAUCACAGCGAGAGGACGCGAUGGAAAUAAUCAGAACAGAGGUAGCACAGUGGCAUUCAGAGAUAGAAAGAGGCGUGAUGUUGGAGACGUGAAAAUUCUGGAGAGACAAUUCGGGAGACCACCGGUGUGCGGACCGCACCAUGUCUGCUGCAGAAGAAACCAAAUCCACCCUGGAGGCUUGAAUCGACCUAAACAUGGACAGUGUGGAGUCAGAAAUGGACAAGGGGUCAAUGGACGCAUCAAAACGCCAGUCUAUGUUGAUGGAGAUUCUGAAUUCGGUGAAUACCCUUGGCAAGUGGCAAUCUUGAAGAAGGACCCCUCAGAGAGUGUUUACGUAUGUGGAGGCACGCUGAUUUCUCCGAGACAUAUUCUCACUGCUGCUCACUGUGUGAAAACUCACUCUGGUCAUGAUCUUCGUGCUCGUCUUGGUGAGUGGGACGUCAACCACGAUGUUGAGUUCUAUCCAUACAUCGAAAGAGAUAUCAUAAAUGUUUUCGUGCACCCUGACUUCUACGCUGGAACUUUGUACAAUGAUAUAGCAAUUCUCAAGCUUGAUCAUGAGGUUGACUUCGAGAGGAAUCCACACAUCAGUCCGGCUUGUCUACCGGAUAAAUUCGAUGACUUCACGGGCACCAG